AUGCCUCAGGACCUCUAUGACGGGGGUGGUGAGAGUAAUGGCUUGCCAUCAGAGGAUGCACCUCGGCCGCGCAGGUUAGCGCCGCCAACUUGGGAGCAGUCAAUAGAGUACUGGCGUAAAUGGAUGAGCGAGCCAUUUCUCGAUGAUGAAGUUAUGGACUCUACUCCCCCAAGUUGUGAAAAGAAGGACUUUCGGCUACCGCAGCUUCGACGAUGCCCCGUGGACAUAGGCGACAUAAAGUUCGUCGGGCGUGUUAACCCGGGGGGGUAUCAUUAUCCAAAUUUCGGAGAACCUGACGGCGGACUUGAUGGGUAUAAUUGGAAAGUUCGCCUUGAGAAAGGUGGCCCAACCCGUAUCAUGAAGCUGUUCUGGGAUACUGAGCCUCCUCCUCCAAGUUACUUUGCUGCUCAGCGAGAAUGUCAAAAUGCGGCUCUGUUACAAAUGAUAGCGGCAGCGUUGUCGGAUCCUCAACAUGGCCCGAUCCUGAUAGACCCGAACCCCGAUUCGGAGACUGCUGCAAAGUCCAACUUGCGUGCCUUUUCCAACGAAGUUCGUCAGAAACGGAGGGUGUCCACCACCGAGAAUCUCGUGUCUAUCACGACGAUGCCACGCAUGAGAAAGUGCUACGGGUGGUUGAAGUUUUCAAGCAACGAAUUGGACCGCAUACCGCGCGGCUUAUUCCCACCGGUGAUGAAACUAGACUUGAAGACAAAGCGCUGCAUUUAUGAAGGCAUGGAGUACACGGCCGUAGUUUACGAGUAUAUCGAAGAGGGUGAAAACAAAAUCGACGAUGUGAAGUCGGUGCUGGACUUCCUUUGGCAGGUUGGGUUUGCUUUCCCUCAACCUUCAAAGGAAAAUAACUGGAAAAGUGGUGUUUUGAUAGACCACUCGGAUAUUGUUGCUCCUGGUUGGCUUGGCUGGCGGGUGAGAGAAUAUGGACCACGUAGAGCGAAAGGAGUUUUAUGGAGUGUUUGUCCGGAUGCGCGGAAUCGUGUAUUGGAAAAGACUGGGGAUGAUGGUGAUGGGAAGAAGGAUGCUGAAGGCGACAAGACCUGA